AUGCAUCGAAUACUCUUCCGACGUAUUGUAGGGAGUCCGGUUGUCUCAUUCAACACAUUCCCCCAACGUGUUUUCUAUUCUACAACAUGUCAUCGCCUAAAGCAGCCGAGAUCGAUAAUUCCAGAUCACACGCUCCCACCCGACGAUGUUCAAGACGUGCAACAAUCGGCGAGAAAGGCGGUUAUCAAUGACCUCUUCUCACUUGGCGGUAGAACAGUGGUGGUCACGGGCGCCGGCCGAGGAUUGGGAAUUACUCUUGCCUCUGCUGUUCUCGAGGCAGGGGCAGAUGUUGUUUGUCUAGAUGUAUUGCCGGAACCGAGUGACGUCGAAUGGAAUGGCAUCAUGAAGACGAGCCAUGAGACAGGUCGCCGGGCGACAUAUCACCAAUGUGAUAUUACGUCAGAGGACCAAGUUCAAGCCGCUUUGGCAACCGCUGCUGCUCAGGCAGGCGAGAGGAAGAGGCCAAUUCGUGGGUUGGUUAGUUGUGCUGGAGUGCAGCAGAUGGUUGAUGCCAUUGAUUAUCCCGCCGAAGGGUUUAGGAGAAUCUUGGACAUCAACGUCACAGGAAAUUUUCUCGUUGCGAAGCACGCAGCACGGUUGAUGAGAAAUGCAAACACGAGUGGAAGCAUUCUAUUCAUAGCAUCCAUGUCGGGACAGAUAGCGAACCGGGGAAUCCAUUGCACGGCAUACAACACAUCGAAGGCGGCAGUGCAACAAAUGACACGGUCUCUAUCUGUAGAAUGGGGCCGUUAUGGCAUUCGAGUGAAUAGUCUCUCCCCCGGCUAUAUUCGCACCGCUAUGACUGAUCAGCUUUUGGCCGAGAAGCCAGAAAUAGAAAAGACGUGGAUGGCGGGUGCGUCAUUGGGGCGGUUGGGUUCCGUGGAGGACUUCAAAGCGCCGGCGGUAUAUGUACUUGGUGAUGGCGCAUCUUUCAUGACUGGAGCAGAUUUGAGGGUUGACGGAGGCCAUUGCGCGUCGGCUUAA